CAUCCAAGCGCGUCCAAGUUUGUCGAUGUCGCUCCCCGAGACGGCUUGCAGGCCGACCCCGCCGACCUCAGCACCGCGCAGAAGGUGGAACUCAUAGAGAGGUUGGUCGCCGCCGGCCAUACCCGCAUCGAGGCCGCCAGCUUCGUCAGUCCCAGAGCGGUGCCCAAGAUGGCCGACGGCGAAGCGGUCAUGGCCGGCCUCCCCCGCAAGGAGGGGGUGAGCUACAGCGCCCUCGUUCUCAACGAGCGGGGCCUCGAGCGGGCCGUCGAGGCCGGAGUCGACGAGGUCUGCGGAGUUGUGGUGGCCACCGAGACCUUCUCGCAGGCCAACCAGCGGGCCACCGUGGACGAGUCGGUGCAGAGGUGGCGAAGCAUCUGCGAAGCCGCCCGGACGGCCGGGAUCAAGACCGCGGUCACCGUGUCGGCGGCGUGCGGCUGCCCAUACGAGGGCCGGGUGGACGCUGAUCGGGUUCUUGGAAUCGUGACCGAGCUGGCCGAGACCCAGCCCGACGAGCUGGCGUUGGCCGACACCAUCGGGGUCGGGGUUCCCACCCAGGUGGCCGCCCUGUUCGAGGGUGCGGCGCAGCGGGCCCCCGGCAUCGUGUUGCGGGGGCACUUCCACAACACCCGCAACACGGCGCUGGCCAACAUCUUUGCGGCCAUCGAAGUCGGCGUUCGAGUGUUCGACGCCAGCCUGGGUGGGGUGGGAGGCUGUCCGUUCGCGCCCGAGGCGACCGGAAACGUGGCCACCGAGGAUGUGGUGUACAUGGUGCACCAGAUGGGCUACGAGACCGGGCUCGAUCUCGACGCGCUCAUCGAGGCCAGCACCUGGCUGGAAGACCAGCUCGGCCAUCGCGUGCCCAGCCUUGUGGCCAAGGCCGGAGGAUUCUCCCGACCUGCCUGA